CGCGCCGCUGUGCGCCCAGAGAGAUCCGUCCGCCGCCGCUGCCGCCGCCGGCGCCAUGCUACGCUGCUUCGACUGCAACGCCUCGGCGGCGGACGCCGUGCCGCUGACGCAGGACAGCUCUUGGAUGGGUCCGAGCAACCCGUCCAAAGCGGCGGCACAAGAGCCGGUGACAACGCAGAAAAGAUCUGCGCUCAACACCGAGUACAAGCUCAAGUUCCGGCCAUUCUCCGACUACACGUAUGUGGACGGCCGGUUCUCCGGCGCGCAGGACGCGGCGGACGGGGGCGCCGCCGGCCGCGACGCGCCCGCCACGCCCUGGUAUGAGGAGGUGGUCGAGCUCCGCAAGAAGGCCUCCAGCUACAAGGUGCGAGGAUGGGGCCGGGAGAUGGCCCAGCCCCACCUGGCCCACCUGUACGACAGGGAGGAGGAUCCCAGUCUGCUGGCGGAGCGCAAGAUCAUCUCGGCGCUCUACCUGGAGACCCUGAAGCCCGGGCUCGUUCGGGAGGAGCGCGGCAGGAGUCCCGUGGCCACCGGCGGCGCUAGCGUGCGUCAGCAGUCGCACCCUCCGCCGAGCACCAGAAAGUCGCCAGGAGCCACGAAGAUGGCGCUCAAGCUGCAUGCGGCGGAGGGCUCCAAGCGGCCACACAGCGCACAGCCUUCGUCAGAGCGGCACGCUGGAGACGCCGUCGACCGGGCCAAGGGCCGCAGCCCGGCCGCGUCGCGCACGCCGACAGCCAAGGCGGACGCGGGUGCGCCGGCCGAGCGACCCAAGGCCAGGAAGCGUCCGACCGAUAGCGCCGGCGGCACGCCCGACUCGGGCGGCAAGGGCAUCCGCGGGGGUACGCCCCGCUCGCGCUCCGCCCACCGCCUCGCCGCCAAGGCCAGAAGCCCGACCAAGGCGGAGAAGGCGCCGCCGCCGGCGCCGAUGGCCAGCAGCGCGCCGGCGCCCGAGACGGCGCCGGAGCCGGAGCCAGCGCCGGCGCCGGCGUCGAUCGACGCCGGCGAGGACGCGCCGCCGGCGGCCAAGCCGGCCGAGGAGAUGGUGCGCAGCGCGCCUGAGCCGACCCGGGUCAAGUCGCCGGAGCAGAUGGCCCCCAUCAAGUCGCCAGAGCCGGUCAACUGGACCGUGCCGCUAGACACCGGCAAGACGUUCACCGUCACCCAGAACGUGAUGCCAGGCACCGGCAGCCCGCAGUCGUCGCGGGCCGACAGCCUGCGCUCGCCGGGCGACGAGGUGGCCCGGUCGCCGCUGGCGCGCGGCGUCACGGACGUCUCGCACCUGCGCAACGGCGAGCCGACCGACAGCCCGCUGGUCAACGACCUGCCGUCGGCGCCGCCGGCCGCCAACGGCCAGCAGUCCGACUUCAACCACCGCGACGACGUCGCCGGCGACCCCAUGUCCAUGUCCAUGGUGGGCGACGAGCUGCAGCGUUCGUUCCACGCCGCGGACCCCAUGUCCGGCUCCAUGUCGGGCAAGGAGUUGCAGCGUGCCCUCCAGGACCCGAUGACGGCCUCGAUGACGGGCGACGACCUGCAGCGCUCGCUCCACGACUCGAUGACGGCCUCGAUGACGGGCGAGGACCUGCAGCGCUCACUCCACGACCCGAUGACGGCCUCAAUGACGGGCGACGACCUGCAGCGCUCGCUCCACGACUCGAUGACGACCUCGUCGGCGGGCGGCGACCUGCCGCGCGCGCCCCACGACCCGAUGAAAACUUCGAUGACCGGAGACGAACUGCAGCGCUCGCUACACGCAGAGCCGGCCGCUGGCGACGCGGCAGCGGCGGCGCCACCGGACUAG